CAACGAAAUCAACAAAAAACCGAAAUUCGUGAAUCGAAAAAAAGUGUUUGUUUUGUUUUUGGGAGAGAUUCUCGUCAAAAUAGCAGAAUCGAAUACAAGAUCAUUCUGUGUGUAAAUAGAUUUCGAAUCUUUUUCUUCUUCGUCGUUUUGGGAUUCGAAAUAAGAAUCUUUUGUUUUUUUGUUUUUUAAAAUUCAAAAUUCCAUCGUUUUGUUUUUUUUCCAUAUUUUUGUUGUUGAUUUUCUGUUUAUACAAAGUUAUUUAUAUCGUUUUCAACGAAAUCCUUUUGCACUAAUUUUUGCUUGCCCCGAUCAAUCAAUCAAUCAAUCAAUCAAAUUGAAUAAAAUCAAUUGAAUAAAUGAUAAUUUGUUGUUGUUGUUGUUUUAGUUGAUCGAUUUGACUCGAUAACUUUUUUCAAUAAUGAAAAUGUGCUCUAAAUAAUAUUUUGUUUGAAUAAUAAUCCCUCAACAAAGCAAGAAAUCUCUGCAUUUGAUUUUCAUCGAAUCAUUUUUCUUCCAGAAAAUUUUUUUUUGUGUUCAAGAAAUCAACAACAACGUAAAAACGAACGAACGAUGAUGAGCAUCCAACAACAAUUACGAACAAGUUUUAUGCAAAGUCCACUUGUUACUUGGCUGAAAACAUUAUUGGAUGAAAAUUGUAAUGAUUAUGAUGAUUUAUGUAAAGGAUUCUAUCUUAAUAAAGCAUGGCUUCAAAUCGAUUCAAAUCCAUUACACAUUAUACAAGAUUCAAUAUCAUCAACAACAACAACAACAUCGGCAAUAAAUACAGAAAUUGCCAAUUCAUCAAAACGGAUAAAAAAUUUAAAUAUUUUAUUACAAAAUAUAAAAAAUUUUUAUCAAAAUGUUUUAGAUCAAUUAUUAGUAUUACGUUUACCGGAUGUAACAAGAAUUGCAUUUCAAUGUAAUGAUGAAUUAUGGUCAUCAUCGAUAUCACAGAAUAAUUCAUUAUUUAGUUUAAUGAAUCAAUAUUAUCAAUCAUCAUCAACAUCAUCAUCAUCAACGACAACAGCAGCAACAACAUCUACAUCAACAACAACAUCAACAUAUAAUUAUUAUGAUGAUCUGCAAACAUUAUUAUUAUUAAUACUUGGUUGUGCUGUACAAUGUGAACAUAAAGAAAUAUUUAUUGAAAAAAUUAAACAAUUAGAUAUAUCUGUACAGCAUUCAAUUGUUGAAUGUAUACAACAGAUAACUGAUAAUCCAGAAUCAGUAUUUUUAAUGUCCGAAUGGAAUAUACCACCAGAUGAUGAAGAGGAAAAAGAACGUAUUUAUAUGAUAAUGGUUGGCCUUAUAAAUAGGCUAACCAAUGAACGUGAUCAAUUAUAUCAACGUGUUGUUGAUCUAUCAUCAGAAAUGCUUAGUUUAACAAUACAGGCCAAUCAAUUUGAUCAAUCAUCAUCAAAUAAUUCUAGUCUACAAAAUAAUAAUAAUUCUGUUAAUCAUUGUGAUCAAAAAUCUCAUUAUCUAGUUGAAUUGGCUGAUGUUAAAUCAAAACUAAGACGAUUACAACAAGAAUUAGAGGAAAAAAAUGAAAUAAUUACCGAAUUAAAAGAAACAAUUGAACAGAAUAAAGAAUUUUAUAAUAAAUUAAGACAUGAUAAUCUUGAAUUAACACAAGAAGCAAGAACAGCCAAAGCAUAUCGUGAUGAGAUUGAUGUACUAAAUGAACGUUGUAGAAAAAUUGAUAGACUUGAAGCAGAAGUACAACGUUAUCGUGAUAAAAUCAAUGAACUUGAUUAUUGUAAAACACGUGUAGAAGAAUUACGUGAAGAUAAUCGUAUACUUGGUGAAACAAAAACAAUGUUAGAAGAUCAAUUAGAAUCAAGCCGUAAACGUGUUGAAAAAAUACCCGAAUUAGAGGAAAAAAUACUCAAAUUAACGACGCAUGGAAAUGAAUUAAAUUUACAACGAGAAUUGGAUAAAAAUCAAAUCGAAAGAUUAAUUGAAGAAAUUUCACAUUUAAGAUUGGAGAAAAAAUUUACAAAUGAAGAAUUUAAUCGUAUACAACAAGAAUUAACCGAUUUACGUGCCCAAAUGCGUUUAAAUCAUGAAACAAUAAUGAAAAAUGAAGAGGGAAAUCUUUAUGAUCAAAUUAAUCAAGAUGCAUCGAAAAGAUUAUUAAAAUUAGAACAUGAAAAUAAAAAACUACAAACAAUGGUUGAUGAUUAUCAAAAUAAUUAUAUUGAUAUUGAUUCAGUAUUAUCAUUAUUUCAAAAUAUCGAUAGUAUUGCUAUGAAUAAAUGUUCAAAAGCAAAACAAGAUGAUGAUGAAACAUUAUCGGAAACUAAUGAAAGUGGAUAUGAUUCAAAUGUUAAAAGUAAAAUUGAAAAAUUAAGUCAAAUUAAAGAAUGGAUUGGUAGAAUUAAUUUGAAUUAUGUACAAAUGAAAACAAAAGAAAUGGAAAAAAAUGUUUUGGAAAAAGAAAAUGAUGAACUAAAGACAAGAUUACGAGAUAUUAGUGCCAAAUUUGAUAUGAUGGAAAAGAAUUUUACACAAACAAUUUCGGAAAAUCAAAAAAAUCAACGAAUUAUUGAACAGAAAACAAAAAAAUUACAAGAAUAUCAAUCUGAAUUAGAAUUGAUUGAAAAUGAAAAUCAAAAAUUAAUGUCCAAUGCUGAUUCAUUACGAUUAUCAUUGAAAAAAUUGAAUGAUUUAGAAAUUGAAAUGACCAAUUUGGAAACGGAAAAACAACGUUUUGAACAGGAAAAUAAAUCAUUGGAAAAAGAAAUCAAUCGAUUAAAAACAUCUAUUGAUUUUAAAGAUAAAAUUAUUGAUGAUAAUUCAGGAAAAUUAUCAACAUUUGAAUUGGAAAAUAAACGAUUAAAAAAAGAAAUGGAAAUGAAUUGGCAAUUAGGACAACGAUUGAAAGAUGUUGAAAAAGAAAAUAAAGAUUUAAUUAAUGCUUCAGCCGUUCAGCGAAAAACAUUAACAACAUUACAACGAGAUUUAGUUGAAGAAAAACUUAAAACAGAAAAAUUUGCAGAAGAAUUUACGAAAAUUGUUGAAACAUUAAAUCGAUUAUGUGAAGAAAAUUAUGACAAUAAUGAAUUACGUAUUAAUUCAAAAGAUAUUUAUUCAUUAAUUAAUGGACAAGUAUCGACAGCUAUUAAUGAUACAUUACAAUCAUUAAUUGAAAAAUAUUCUACGGAAAAAGAUUCACAUAUUGAAGAAUUACAAGCAAGAUUAGCUGAUCUUAAAGAUAGUAAUCAAGAAAUGCAAAAUCUAAUCAAUUCGCUUAAACGACAAUUGAAUAUUGAUGAAAAAUCUGAUAUAAAAUCAUCAUUAGAUUCAUUGAAUGAAUUACAACGAAGAAUAUUUGCAUUGGAAGAUGAAAAUCAUCAACUAAAAACUGAUUUAAAUCAACAAAAAGAUAAUCAAAUGGAAAUAGCCAUCCGAAAUGAUAUGAUCGAAUCAAAACUUCAAACAUUGAAUGAAUCGAAUGCUGAAUUGAAAAAUAAAAAUGCAACACUUGAAGUAGAAAAUAGCCUGCUAAAAUCACAGAAUAGUUCACUUGAAAGUCAAACAAUUGAAUUACAAGAACAAAUGGUCGCCAUUCAGGAUUCGAUUGAAAAACUUAAAAUUAAAUGUGAAGAAUAUGAAACAGCACAUCGAUUAUUGAUUAAUGAUAAUGAAUCAUUGCAGGAAAUUCAUCAACAAUUAACAGUUGAUUAUGAAAAUUUGACAAAAAUUCAUGGCACAUUAAAACAAUCAUAUAAAAAAUUGAAAAAUGAUUAUAAAACAAUGGAAGAAAAAUUAAACGUACAAAUGACAAAAUAUGAUGAAUUAAUGAAAAAUGCUGAUGAAGAAUUACAAACAUUACGAUUGGAAAUGGAAAAAAAUUCUCAGCCAACAAAAGAAAAUGUUGAUCAUGAAGAAAAAUUUUUAUCAUUAAAUAAUGAAUAUAAAAUAUUGGAUGAAGAAUAUAAACGAUUACAAACUGAACAUAAAAUGUUACAAAAUAUUUAUAAAAAAUUACGAUCAGAUAAUAAUGAUCUGAAAUUAAAACAUACUGAAUUACAAGGUGAAACAGCUGAAUGUAAAGAUCGUAUGAAUGCAUUGAAUGUUGAAGUAUCAAAAUUAUCAAAUUAUUGUGAAAUGGUUGCCAUGACAAAUACGACACUUGAACAGCAACGUAAAAAAUUGGCCACACAAUCAGCUAGCCUAUUGGCACAAUAUAAUGAUCUACUUAUGGAAUUAAGUUGUGGAUGUGAACGUACAAUUAAAGAUAAAUUACAUGAAUUGAUUAUCAAAAAAGAACGAUUAGAAAAAAUGUUUAAAGAUUAUGAUAUUUCAUUUGAAAAAAAUAUGUCAAGAGUAUCGAAUAAUAAAUCAUCGAAUAAUUUACAUCAAACAUCAUCAUCAUCAUCCAAUCGACUUGAUGAUUCUAUUUAUGGCUUGUUGUGGGAAGCUGAAACACCAUCCAUUCAUUCGGAUUCAAAAUUUUUCAAUUCUUCAGCAUUACUACGACAGUAUUCGAUUAAUAAUGAAAAGGAUCAGAAAAUCAUUUCAUCACCAAGGAUUCCGCCAAGAAAUUUGCAUACAUUACAACGAUAUCCUCCGAUUGGAAUCAAUACAAAAGAAACAACAACCACCACUACUAGCUGUAUUGAAUUUGUUCCAAUUGAAAAUAAAAUGUCAAUCAAUAUAUCAAGUCGAAAUAAUCAACAACAACAACAAGGCAACAAUAAAUCAUUGGAUAAUCAUUCAAUAAUAGAUGGUACAUUUUCCAAAUUACAAAUAACAUCAACAUCACCAUUUCAAAUUGCCAAAUCAAUAUCGACAAUUAGUUCACCAGUAUCAUCAUCAUCAUCAACAACAAAUAAUCAUUUUAUGAGAGGUUCAUUCAAAAGUAAUAGUGUUAAUUAUGGAAAUUUAAUGCGAAAAUCGGAACCAAUUAAUAUGAAAAUGUUACAAAAUAAUAAUAAAUAUUCUUCACAACAACAACAGCCACAGCAACAAGUUUUAUGUCUAUCAUCGAAUCGUGUUCGUGUCAAUAAUAAUAAUAAUCAGCAACAACAACAACAACAAAAACAUCAUCAAUUACAAAGAAAUUUUAAUCCAAUGUCACCAUUAUCAUUUCAUUCAGAUAAUUCAUCAUCAUCAUCAUCUACAACAUCAUCACAUAAUCAUGAUAUAAUGAUUGAUAAAGAUCAAGAUAUUGUUGUUGGUGGUAGUGGUGGUGGUUCACUUUUGAUAACAAGCAGUAGUAAUAAUAAUCCAAUAAUAUCAAUGAAUAAUAAUGUAUCUACAAGAUCAAGAAUAACAAUUACAAGUGAUAGUAUACAAACAAUAUCGAAUGGUUUCAAUACAAACAGUAACAAUCUAAAUCUAAUUAAUAAUGAUAAUAAUAAUAUUAGCAUACAGAUUAGUAAUGCAAUGAAUAAUAAUAAUCAAAAUAAUUUAUCAAACAAUAAUACGAUAACAACAACUGAAACUAAAGAAUCACACUUGAACUAA